AAGUUUCAUAGUUUGGAGCCGACACAAUAUUCAUGCUCAAUCCACGGCAGGAAUCACAGCAGUGAAAAUGUCGAUUCAUAACAUACUUAUCAGUAGAACAAACGAUGGUCUCCUGCUUACUGCCAACACAGACACGAGAACGUGUAAUGAUCCCGAGGAACUGAGGCGAAGUUUUAACAAGGCUAAGUUACUGGCAAGGAUUAGUGCGAGAAUUCCUGACCGAGCAACGUAUGUCAUGGAACAAUUUACAAUACACAUGAUAUCUGCCUUGAAUUUGACAUACCUAGUCAUCUGUGACAGUAACUAUUCAAGUGUGUUAGCCUUCGCCUUCUUGGAUGAAGUUCAGAGAGAAUUUCUGCAAAGCAAUGAAAGAGAAUAUGUGGAAUCCGUAACAAGGCCUUAUGCACUCAUUCAGUUUGACACUACAUUACAGAAGAUAAAGCAGAGAUACAACAGUUCUCGGUCCAUGUACAACAAGUUAAACCUAUCACAGCUACAGGAGGAGAUCAGGCUCCGCCCACCUCACAUGAUCACACCAGAGGAGCUCCGCCCAGGGGGAGGGGCUUCAGUCAAUUCUACAGAUUCCACAGAUUCCCAGGCCCACUUCACUCUCGCCAUUCCAAAGCGGUAUGGGAAUUACCUUCCAAUAAAUCUCCUGGUUGUUGUGUCUAUAUGUCUGAAUGGUCUAUGUGCUGUAUUGAAUUUCACCAGAGGAGUGGCAGUCAUUAAUGAGGCCCAUGUAGAGGACUUUUCAAAGGAUCAUUACCAGAAUGCAGCAAGUUUCAUAUUUUGCAGUUUUCUCUUAUUAUUCCAAGUAUAUUUAAUGUGUUAUCCACGUAAACAGAGAAAGCCACUAGCCUGUGCCACACUAGGGAGUGUUUGUUUGUGUCAGCUCUACUUAUGGGAACUUCGGAAUAAUGUACAGAUAUUUUUCCAUGUGACUGUGGCUUGUUAUGGAACGUUUGUGAUAUUUACUAGACCUGUGCAAGAAAAAUUACCACAAUAUACAUUAUAGCAGUUACACAAUCAGUUUUACAAUCUUUUUUCUUUUUUUUUUUGUAUCAGGGUAUUUUGUUUCUAAAGGCAAAUGAAAUUACUGUAAAUUUUUUUUAUUCAUACAGUCAGUGGUCCUUGCAAAUGUGUAUUGCAUUUUAAAGCACUUUGUUUCAUUGAAUCUUAUGCACUAAGAUACAAAUCAGAGUACAUUGUAACAAUCUUUUUUUUUUACAUUUGAUUUCUGCUAUUCAUAAUUGGCAGUAUAAACAAGUUCCGAGCUGAGUAUAAAAACAUCUAGUCACUCAUCUCAUCAUUUUGUUUUCUUGCCUUGUUUUCACCAUGGCAAAUAAAUGAACCAGUUUGUUUGUGAAGAGAGAGAGAAAGAGAACUAUAUAAAUUUUAUUCAAACAGUUUUGUGAAGUUGAAUAUUUUUUUAGAAUAAAAUGAUAAUGCAAAAUA